AUGCCAUCCUCAUUGCCUGAUAUGUCAAAGUUCGACGAUUCGUCAGAUUCUAGUGAAUGGAUCAAUCUACGGCCCCAGGGUUCUAAGAAAGUAGAUAUGUAUGUCGGAGAUCGGUUUUUUCGAACAGUAGAAACAAAUUGCUUCGAUCCUGAAACCCGUAUAAAGGAAAUGGAUGCUAGUGGAGUUUCCAUGCAAGUACUCAGCACCAUCCCAGUCUUAUUCUCCUAUGAUAAGCCGAGUAAACCCGCGACAUUACUGGCGCGGUUAUUAAACGACCAUAUUGCAUCAUUAUGUCAACGAUAUCCCAGUCGAUUCGUGGGAUUAGCCACGGUACCGUUACAAGACGUUUCAGCUUCGGUGGAUGAAUUGAAACGCGCGAAGAGCUUAGGCCUACGAGGAGUCGAGAUUGGUACAGAGAUUAAUGGCUGCGAGCUGGAUGACUCGGAGCUGGAACCGUUCUGGAAAGCAUGUGAGGAACUUGAUAUGCCUGUUUUUGUGCAUCCAUUGGGAUACGAAUUGGCAAAAGAGAAUAAGAGGUGGGAGAAGUAUUGGUCUGCAUGGUUAAUUGGAAUGCCAAGUGAAACAGCCCUUGCUCUCCAUGCAAUCAUCUCGUCAGCCCUAUUAGUUCGUCACCCCAAGUUACGUUUCUGCUUCGCACACGCUGGCGGCGCAUACCUCCCUUUGCUUGGACGUAUUCAACAUGGGUACGAUUGUCGACCAGAUCUCGUAGCUCAUAAAUCAGAGGGUAUAUCGCCGACACAGCAAAUUCAGUCCACGCAGAAGAACAUAUGGAUAGACAGCUUGGUACAUGACCCGGAUUUAUUGGAGUACAUUUGCAAAAAGAUUGGGCCGGAACGGGUGAUCAUGGGCAGUGACUACCCGUUCCCGCUAGGAGAAGUGCCGCUACCAGGUAAAUUGGUAUCUACGGAUGAACAAGUAAAGGAUUUCUUGUCAGAAGAUAAGAGGGAAGCUAUCUUAUGGGGAAAUGCGGUGGAGUUUUUGGGUUUACAUGAUUUAGUAAAGGAGUUGGGAUUCUAA